AUGAAGAUGGAGGACUCUGGUCUAAUCAACGUAACCAUGACAGCUGGAGAGUAUGAACUAUUUAAAGAAGCCAAGAAGCAGGCGGCCUCUGAAAAGCAAACUACCGCCUCCCGACUCAAAGAUCUUGAAGAUCAUCUUCGCAAGUUCAGAAACGCGGCCCUGCUACACCAAUAUAGCGACGCUGUUAAGUGUCGGGUAUUCCUGAAUACUCUAUCGGGCUCUGUCCAGAAGUGGUUCGAUGGACUGUCGCAUGGGUCCAUCACCUGCUUCUUAGAUUUCAAGACCGCAUUCCUGCGCCACUUCGCCAGCAACAGGAAAUACCAGAAGAUGGACCACUGCCUUUUCGCUCUCAAGCAAGGGCCCUCGGAGCCAUUAAGGAGUUAUGUCAAACACUUCAAUCAACUGGACCAGAACGUCCCCACAGCUACCUCAGAAAUACUUAUGAGCGCCUUCUCUCAUGGAUUAACAGAGGGGGAAUUCUUUAGGGACCUCAUCAGAAAUCCUGUAAGGAAUUUUGAUGAGAUGUUAGAAAAGGCCGCUAGCUAUAUCAAUGUGGAAGAAGCGCAGGCGGUGCGAAGGAAGGCAGACAAACCGCCCUCCUCUGCCAAUAAACCGGAGAGACGAGUACCCCAACCGCCUGCUCAACCUCUCCCGCGCGCUCGGGAAGCCCGACCUACCUUCCCCCUCGGUCAGGAUGUUCAGUCGAUCCCGCGUGUAGCUACAGUCCAUGUCCCCCGACCUGGACCUUGGGGGUCGCACUAUUGUACUUAUCAUCGGUCACACACACAUGUCACCAGCGAUUGUUUUCAAUUCGCUCGCGAUUCUCGUCGUGCUGCCAAGCUGGGCUUGCCACCACUCGAGCUAGCUCCUCAGGUCCAAAGAAUGAUGGAAGAGCGACGUGAUGCAGCGGGGCAGGCAAGCAGACCCCGGGUAGAUUAG